AUGAAUCUUGGUUUCUUUUUUACAGAAGAUUCCGAAGUCGAAGGUCCAUGUACCAGAUCAUCACGCGCAAAUAAAAAACUAAAGCCGUACUCUCCUGAAGAUGUAGAAAACGCUAUCGAAAAAAUUCUAUCUCAAGCUUUAUCCAUAAAGGCAGCUUCGCAGACAUAUAAGGUGCCCGUCACCACGUUAAAAUUCAAACUCAGGGCUCUAAAACCAAAAAGAAAAACGCCUCUCCUAAAAAUGGCGGUCACGAACGAGGAAGACUUUACUUUCAAGAAGCACUUGUUACAAGUACAUGAAAUGGGGAUCCCAGUCACUUUCCAUGACAUUAUAGCAGUUGUGAAAGCCUAUCUCACCGAGGCAGACAAAGGCAUCACUUGUUAUCGUAGCAACUCUCCAGGAUCAUUCUGGUGCAAACAAUUCAUGCAAAGGUAUCCAGAAGUCAAAGAAAUUAUCGCAGCCAAUCAACAUAAUACGAAGGGAAGGAUUGUUCCAAACACUCCAAGAACCAUCAACAACUUUUUCAAUCGCUUUGAAGAUGAACUCUACUCCAAUUAUGUAACUCCAGACAACAUCUAUACUAUGGAUGAAUGUGGAUUCGGAAUUGACCCAAAGAAAAAGAAUCUUUUGUUUAGACGAUCCUCCCGUCACCCAGAUCUGGAUAAGCUCUGUGGAACAUCAAACUACUCAGUUGUAUUUUGUGGCAACGCCAUCGGAGAACUUAUCGAUCCAUUCUUUAUUUUCAAAGAAAGCGUACCUGCACCCAGUGAACAUCCUCACUAUUCAGCAUCUACCAGUGGCUGGAUAGACACGAGUGUAUUUGACGACUGGUUAGAAAAGCAUUUCGUGCCAACAAUAGACGAAAAACAUGGAAAGAAAAUUUUGAUUUGUGACAAUCUGAGCGCGCACGUCAGCGUGAAAGCGCUUCAAAUAUGUGCGGAGAACAAUAUCGCUCUCAUUUGUCCUCUGGGCAAUUCGAGUCACCUGCAUCCGUUCGAUUUUGAGUUUUAUGAAACCAUGCAAACUGCUUGGCGUGCUGUGUUGUAUAGUUGGCACAGAACAUCGACGGGUCAGCUUACUCGUUGGCAGAAGAAAUCUCUAGCUAGUACCGUGAACCUAGGAAUACCAAAAGAUGUUUUCUGUAAACUUGUUAACCGGGCUAUUGAAAAUAACGAAUCAAGUUCAGAAAAUAUAGUUAAUGGUUUCGCUAAAUGUGGCAUCUACCCUCUGUCGCGAGAGGUUGUACUGGAAAGUCUUCUGCAAGAAAAAGGAGUCACAAUAGUCCGUUAA